CUUUAAGAUGAUGUAAUUCUUCAUAAGCUAUUAUGUUUUUUCUUCCCUCCUAAACCGCUGAGGCAACAUCAGCUAAGGCUUUUUCCCCCUUCCCUUUCUUUUCUAUUUUUUUUUUUAGACUGGCACCACCCUGAGCGGGAAAAGGGAGCUCAAUGCGCGCUCUCGCACUUCUCCACAGUGGGCGCGGGCACGCCCGUAGGUCGUAGGAAGAGAGAGAGAGAGAGAGAGAGAGAGAGAGAGAGAGAGAGAGAGAGAGAGAGAGAGAGAGAGAGAGAGAGAGAGAUGCGAGAAAAAGAGGCGAUGGAGAGAUUCUGCUGAAGCACAUGAGAAGCAUCAUGUCGAACAGAGUGAUGCUGCUGGCUCUCGCCCCUCCGGACACACCGUGAGUACACCGAGCUCCAUCUGUAACUUCCAACACCGGCACGUCGCCAGCAUUCGGGUUUCUGCUCAAAAGUUUCAUCAGCCGUUUGGUGGAGUUAUAUAUAACCGGACUUAAUGGUGUUGGUUAUUUUUUACCUUUACUUACGGAUGAUUCCUGUGUCCCUGAGUGCACGAGCGAGCGAGUCGGUUGUACCUUCCUCAUUUUGUGCUCAGACGUCCGUGUAGCUGUAGCUCAACCUCUCCUAAAGCUCUACUCAAGCUCUCCUGAAGCUAUUGCUUUAUCUCAGCUCUGUGGUCCAUUUUACCUUCACCGUUGUUUGAGCGUAAGAGCAGACAUUUUCUUUAAAACUAAACAUUUCUGGGAGGAGUCAGAUUUGAGUCAAUUGCAAUUGCUUCUUGAUGAUGAAGAUUCUGGUGAUAAAGAUUGCAUUCAUGUGACAGCUUGCUGGAAGAAACUUUUAUAUUAUUAUUAUUAUUAUUAUUAUUAUUAUUAUUAUUAUUAUUAUUAUUAUUAUUAUUAUUAUUAUUCCUAUCCUGAUGACCGAAACUAUGUCUCUGAGCGGGAACUGUAGGACUCAGUCCUCUACCAAAGAGCCUUCAUGCGCCCUGAACUGCUUUCCAGACGUUCUGGAGCUGAACGUGGGGGGUCAGGUGUACUACACGCGCCACGCCACGCUCGUGAGCCAUCCCGGUUCCCUACUGGGCAAAAUAUUCUCGCCAAAAAGCAGCGCGGUUCCGGAUCUCGCGCGAGACCCCAAGGGUCGGUAUUUCAUAGACCGUGACGGCUUCCUGUUCCGCUACGUGCUGGACUUCCUGCGGGACAGACAGGUGGUGCUGCCUGAUCAUUUUCCUGAGAAAGCUCGCCUGAGGAAAGAGGCGGAGUACUUCCAGCUGCCGGACCUGGUGAAGUUGUUAACGCCUGAGGAGGUGAAGCCCAGUCCGGACGAGUGCGCUCACAGCGACUAUGAGGACGGCUCGCUGGGAAGCGACCAGCGCGCGUGCCCGCCGCCCUCCCUCGUGCCAGCCGACCGUAAGAGCGGCUUCCUUACGGUGGGCUACCGAGGCUCGUGCACGGCGGGCCGUGAGAACCAGGCGGACUCCAAGUUCCGGCGCGUGCCACGGAUCAUGGUGUGCGGUCGCAUUGCGCUGGCCAAAGAGGUGUUCGGCGAGACGCUUAACGAGAGCCGCGACCCGGACCGUACACCAGAGCGCUACACGUCGCGCUUCUACCUCAAGUUCAAGCAGCUCGAACGCGCCUUUGACGUGCUGUCUGAGUGCGGCUUCCACAUGGUGGCGUGCAACUCGUCCCUCACCGCCUCUGUGGUCAGUCAGCAAGCCGACGACAAGAUGUGGACCAGUUACACCGAAUACGUGUUUUACCGUCACUCCAGCCUUUAUUUUUACUGCUCCUGUAGGACGACCACUGAACAAAAGAAGGAGAUAAUUUCCUGUUAAUGUUCCGGUGCUGGAGGUUACAGCACUUAUAUCAGCUCUCAACAGAUUUACACAGAUUUUCCCCAAACUGAUCAUACUUCUGUCCCUGUCCUUAUUUCCUGAAACUUGACAUGAAAAGAAAUCUUUUGCUGACUGAAUUGGAAGAUGAAGGAGAUUCAGGAUUAGGACGAUUAAUGUUGUCUUUCACUUUGUCCUGUGUAACAUUUCUAAUUCCUAUAAAAUACCUUUCACUUCCCCGUACGAGUGUUCUCUUGAUGAGUGGUUGGUAGCCAGGGGUAUUUUUAAACUUUGGCACUACCUGUCCUUUCUAAAAGGGAUCUGGUAACAGUGGAGGAGGAGAGCUGCCAUAAAGACCACAAAUAUCCCUGGGUGGGUGGAUUCACUCUAUUAAUACUGAGUAUGAAUGCGUAGUGUGUAUCAAAGCCCAGGAGUGAAUACUGACUUGGGAUGUAGAACUUUCUUUCUCAGUGUUUAGAUGUUCUUGGACCAGCAACAUCCUAGUAACUCCUUGUUUCCUGUUUUUUUUUUUUUUGUAUUUAAACCUCUGAUGUUGUAUGAUUGUAUGAGAUGCAGCUUAUAGAUUAUAGCAUCCGAGGCAGUUAUAUAGUCCUGAUUGUCCCAAACAAGCACUAGUUAGCGGACAUCGCAGUUAGGGUGAAGAAUUUUGCAUAUGUCCUACAUCACCAUGCUUUUUUCUGCUCUUGUUGCUUUGAUUAAAGUUCAGAUGAUUUCCAAGUCUUCCUCAUUUUGUUGUGUAAUCAGUCUCAGCCUUAAUUAAGCACUUUGAUUAAACACAAUAACACUUUCAGCACUAAGGUGACACCACACUUACUCAAAGGGGCUUUUUACACCUGGUCACUUCCUGCACUUCCUGUGAUCCGAUAGCUACCCGAUGGUAAAAAGAC